AUGUCGGCGUCAGCGGCGAAAGUCAGCAGAAAGGAGAAUUCAAAUCACGACGGAGCGGACGAGACCUCUGAAAAAGAACAACAGGAAGCAAUUGAACACAUUGAUGAAGUACAGAAUGAAAUCGACAGACUGAACGAGCAGGCCAGUGAAGACAUUUUAAAAGUAGAGCAGAAGUACAACAAAUUACGCCAGCCAUUUUUUCAGAAGAGAUCAGAGCUCAUAGCCAAAAUUCCUAACUUUUGGGUCACAACAUUUGUUAACCAUCCACAAGUUUCAGCUCUUCUGGGUGAGGAAGAUGAGGAAGCACUUCAUUAUUUGUCCAGGGUUGAGGUCACAGAGUUUGAGGACAUAAAGUCUGGAUAUAGAAUAGAUUUUUUUUUUGAUGAAAAUCCAUAUUUUGAGAACAAAACACUUUCCAAAGAGUUUAACGUAAAUGAAACUGGUGAUCCUGUGUCAAAAUCAACUGAAAUCAAAUGGAAAGCUGGAAAGGACCUGACAAAACGCACUGGCCAGUCGCCUAACAAAGCUGGGAAGAAGCGACAGCAUGAAGAGCCUGAGAGCUUUUUUACUUGGUUCACUGACCAUUCAGAUGCAGGAGCUGAUGAGCUGGGAGAGGUGAUCAAAGAUGACAUUUGGCCCAACCCUCUUCAGUACUACUUGGUCCCUGAUAUGGAGGAUGAGGAGGGUGAUGGAGAUGAUGAUGAGGAUGAGGAGGAAGAGGGUCUGGAGGAUAUUGAUGAGGGUGAAGAGGAAGGAGAUGAUGAUGAUGACGAGGAUGGUGAAGGAGAAGAUGGAGAGGACGACGGGGAUGAUGAUUAG